UUUUUUUGUAGGCCUUUUCUCGGGAGUGUGUGUUGUGUGAAAAAGUGCUGAAGAAUUUUUGACCAAAAUCGCAGUAAAAAGCCGCAGAAAGUAUCCGUGUAAAAUGAUAAAAGGUGCUGUGGAUGAUGGUGCAUGGUAUAGUGUGAAAAAUUCCGGAAUAAUCUGCUCAACAGUCUCAAUUGCAGCACUGCGGUUUGUCUAACUGCCCCGGGUGCCCAUCAGUCACGCCCUGGGGCACCACCUAAGUUCGCAAAGUGAUAGAAAAGUGUCCGGAAGGGGUGUCCGGACGUGGCAAUGGAGUUAGAAGCGACUGGGGAGGGUAUAAGUGGACUGGUAAAGAGUCCAGAGGGGCUGUCAAAACGUGAGAAGUGCAAUAGAAAUGCCGAAGUGGCAGGUGGUAGUGCCCCAGAGGAGCCAGAGAGCUCAGAUUCCAUGGAAAAGUGUGAUGUGAGUCCGGAGAAUAGCACAAAAAAGGACACACCGCCGACAAAUGGCCCAAGUAGGAUGACCACUUCGGCUUCGGCAAUUCUGGCAGCAGCACCUCAGGAACCCCAAGGGGCCGGGAGUUGUGUGCAAUUUGAGAAUAUCCCCAAAAGCAUCUCCCUGUUUGACGUGUGUCCCGGGCAGCCCGCGCAGACAUCGCCAAAGCAUGCAAUGGCCUUCACAAUUGACUUUGGGGAACGGGUUGUCGAUGAGCAGCGAUAUCGAAGCAUGUACGAACGCUUUCAGAAUCGCCACAGGCGAGGAGUGUCCCUUACGAAAUUCGAAGAUCCCCAGACACCUCGCACAAAAAUCCCAAUGAGCGCAAAACUGCCCAGAAAACAGAUGCAACCGACUCAAACUUCCACUCAAGAGAAAAAUCCCGUCAAAUUGAGGGACAAGAGUCGCUUGCAAGCACCCCAGGAUGCCUCAAAGAGACACUCCUGGAGUCCAAGAUCUAGCACUGUGGUGCCAGAAGUCAAAGCAACACCGUCUCCGGAUGUCCGGACAAAAUUCAUCCCGCGCUCUUUGACACUGGCUAAGGCCCUGGAGGUCAAGAAAUCCCAGGAAAUUGAGGAAUUCACCUGCCCAGCACCACCCCUGGAAGACAUUAAGCUUCCCGAUGAUGAUCAAGUGUCUGAAGCUGGCACCUACACAUUGGACGCCGACAAUUACACGGAGGAACAGAAGGAGCGCAUGAAUAUUGAUCUCCUGGAAGCGAAUGACGAGCUAAAAAUCAACGAAAGCCCACAGCACAGUCCACAGGUAAAACCCGAGAGGCCGACCUGCUUUGAGACCAACUUGGAGGCAUUUGACUACGAUUUAUCCCAAAGAGACGAAAAACUCAUGGAUGAAAAAUCCAAGAGGAAAAAUGUCCUGGAGAUCUCAUGUUCCCAUGAGACUUCCACGGCAAAACCCAAAGUGUCCUAUUUGGAGCGUCUGAAGAAUCGUGUAAAGAAUAUUAGUGAUCGAACUUUUCACAAAUCACGCUCACCGGACAAAUUGUUGCCCUCUCCGGAUGUGGGUACUUUUACAAGUGUCACCACAAGUGGAAUUCUCAGUGUAAAACCGACACUGGAGAGUAAACCGCGGCUGACACGAAAGAAUAGUUUGACAAAGAGUCAGAUUGAUAGUUCAGAGUACGUUCAGGGUGUUAGUCGGUUGAAUUUGGGCAAUGAAUCGCCCAGGAGGACGACAUCAAGUGAAGUGUCGGCCAUCAAAUCGGCCGCCACGAAGAGUGAUUGGAUUCAAGAGUGGGCAAGGCAUGCGAGGCAACAUCAAAUGUCCAGAAGUUAUAAUUUUGAAUCACCCACGGAGGAUACAGCUCCUGGAUUUGACCAGGAUGCCAUGAGUAGGAGUCACUAUGAGGGUUUUGUGAGGGGACAAGGGGGUAGAGCUUCCAUGCAAAGGCGAUUCAAUGAGGGCUUCUACGGAGGGUACAAUGAUGUACCGGAACGACGGAAGAAGGAAAUGUUAGAUGGUAGACCACCAUUGAGCCCCACAAAGAUCCCAAGUCCCAUUGGAACCCUUCAGAGACGUCCCAGGAGCCGUAGCAGCAGCACCAGAAGCCAUCAAGGGAGUAAAACGGAUCUCACAAUGAAGGAUGCAAACGAUACGGAAAUGUAUUUGCAAAAGACAGCUGCAGCCAUCACCACUCUUCAAAAAAUCCACAGGGAUUCCCUGCAAAAUUCUCCCCAGAGUCCCCAAAGUCCCAAAAUGUCCUCACCUGCUGACGGACGACCAAGUCCAACUGAGGAAUUUCUCCUGAUGCAACUGGCCCGGAUGCAAAGGCACCACCGGAGAAAUUUUUCACUGGACGGUACUGAAGGUCCACAAUUGCAGCAGGAAUCCUACAGGAGGCACACAAGGCACCAUUCUUUCGAGAGUAACGACAAUCUCCCGCCACGACCACUGCGGACAACUCACGGUUUUGUCGAUGGUGAUGUAGAAGCUCUGGUUGCCAAGAGACGUCCUGAAUUGAUUAAACAUCCCGUUAGUGCUCCGCCCAGAGAUACUCAGAGGUCACAGUGUUCACCAAUACGGCGUUCGACGUCAUUUUCGGCAAAAACACCAUCCGUGGGAACACCCAAAAUGCCCUCGAAAAUUCCCCCAAAAUCUCAAUCAAUCCAAAAAUCUGCAAGUAGCACAAAUUUCCGCACUGUUGUAGCUUGCUACGGGGAUGAUGAUGUUAUGGAGUUCUACAUUAAUGACAAUGUGGAUUUGGAUCCUGGACAAUUGUCUUCGGAGUCCGAUUUGAGUGGACAGGAGAGUUCGUCAAAUUCUCGAGAACCCAUCUCAAAUACGCGUUGCAAUAAGGCAUUCUUGAUGCGAAUGGAACAAAAUAGAAGACCAACCCAGGGCAAUGCAACAGCAACAUCUUCAGCUAAACCGGGAGUUAUAGCUUGUCCAAAUACCCCGGAAAUGCGCAGAAGAGAGCCAAAUGUACGAACGUCCUUCAGGGAGAGAAUGUCAAUGCCCAGAGAUUCCAGUCUGAAUCGAAUGAAACAAGAUUUGGCCAGGAGGCAACAAACGCCAAAGCCUGAACAGAAACAACUGCAAAAGGUCCAACCGAAGUAUAUGGACAUUUCCAAGUAUAAACCGGCCACAGGGCAGAAUUUCCUGAAGAAGGACGAGAGCAAAAGCUAUCUUUUGCACAAGGAAGUGCGAAAGAGUCCAAGUAGUGCUUCGGUGAAUCUCAACAGGGGUGAUGCUUCGAGAACAAGCAACAGGAGCAUCAAAUCAGCAGGAAUGCGACCGUCAUCAGGAAAGAAGGAGCCAAAUGCUACCCAGAAGCAGGCAAAAGAAGCCGAAUUGGCCAUGUGGAAGCGGCGAGCUAGCUAUGAUCCGAUGAAGGCAGCCCAAGAAGGCAAAAGGAAGCAGGAAGAAGCCCGAAGAUUGGCGCAGCAGCAACAGCAACAAAGUAAAUUGGGUGAAAGUUCAUCGGCCGUCCUGAGAUCCCAAUCCUUCCACAGUGGUGUAUCGAGUCAACUAAGAACAGGAAAUAUGGCAAAGACAACGAUUGAUAACCAAUGGUCAACGCUAACAUUGAGUGAUUCCAGUGAUGCUGAAUCAUAAAUGCAAUCUUUUUUCCAUCUUUUUGCAAGAUUUUUGGCACAUUUUUUCCUGCAUUUUGUGUAAAUUCUCUUCAACUCGAGAUGAAAAUCCUUCCUCAAAGUUCCCCUUGUUUUAUUUUGUGAAUGGAUUUUUUUUGAAAAUUUGAAACUCCAAUCCCUCCUUCUAAUUUUUAGAAAUGAAAUUGAAUUGUGAUUAACAAUUUUAUUUAUUUCCUUUUAAUGUUUAAAUAACUGGUUUUAUGUCCUUCGAAUCUAUCUUUAAAGAGAUUUUUUUUAAAUAAGCCUGAAACUUUUGUAGUUGAAAUAAAAAAAAAAUCAUUGUCACUAUUUAAAUAAUUUUUACUCACCCCAUUUUUUCAAUUGAAUGCAUCGUCCUUUUUUAUAGAACUUAAUAAAAUUAUUAAAAAAAAAUAAACAUGAAAUGUUUAAAAAAAGAAGUAAUAAAGUAUUGUGAAAAAAAAUUGAAAAAAAGGAACAGAGAAUGAUAGGAAACUCAAAAUUGUAACCACUCAAAGUGUCAAAGUGAUUUUUGGUUUUUAUUAUGAUUUCAAUGAAAAGAUAUUAUUUAUGAUAAGUUGGUUAUUUAUUUGCUAAGAUAUGAAGAUAAAAAAAAGCAUGAAAACGAAACUUAAUUGCAAAAUACCAUUUUUACUGUUGCUUCACUUGGAUAAAUUGUUACAAGUAGUUUUUUUUUAAGUUUCAAUUUUUAGGGAUUUUUUCCUCUUUCUCCCUCUAUGAAAUCCAUUUAAACGAAAAUAGCUUGAUAAGAAAUGUUUCUGUGCUGAAGCUUUAAGAUGAGAAUGGAAAUAAAUCAAAAUGUGAAGAUA